AUGGCAUAUCUCACGAUGAAGUCUAUGAUUGCUGGUGCCCUCGCCUUCGCGGCCGCUGUCUCUGCGCAGGCGCCGCUUUAUGGACAGUGUGGCGGUGAGGGUUGGAGCGGACCAACGACCUGCGUUGCUGGCUCGGUUUGCACUUUCAGCAACUAUUGGUACUCACAAUGUGUUCCCGGAACCGCCGUGACGACUACCCGCUCGAGCACCCUCACGACCUCCACACGCCCCGCGACGACCUCCUCCGCCCGGACCACGUCUUCCCGGACCUCGUCGGCCGUGCUUCCGCCCGGCACCGGCUUCCCCUCAGUCAGCGGCACCAAGUUCACCAUCGAUGGUGUGACGAAGUACUACCCAGGGACCAACUGCUACUGGUGCAGCUUCCUGACCAACGCCUCCGACGUUGACCUUGUUCUCGGCCACCUCAGGACCUCGGGCCUGAAAAUCCUCCGCAUCUGGGGCUUCAGCGACGUCAACACCGUUCCUCAGUAUGAUAACUGGUUUCAACACCUGACUGCCUCGGGCUCGACCAUCAACACAGGCGCCAACGGCCUAGGCCGCCUCGAUACCGUCGUCGCAUCGGCCGAGAAGAAUGGCAUCAAGCUCAUCAUUAACUUUGUCAACAACUGGGACGACUACGGCGGGAUCAAGGCGUACACAAACGCUUUUGGCGGUACCCACAACGGCUGGUACACCAACACGGCGGCCCAGACACAGUACCGCAAGUAUAUCGACGCUGUCGUCAGCCGGUACAAGAACUCUAACGCCAUCUUUGCUUGGGAGCUGGCCAACGAGCCGCGCUGCCAGGGGUGCGCUACCUCUGUCAUCUACAACUGGGCCAAGUCGACGUCGGAAUACGUCAAGUCCCUAGACCCCAAUCACCUGGUGACGCUCGGGGAUGAGGGCAUGGGGCUCCCGGGCGAUACCACGUAUCCCUAUCAGUACGGAGAAGGCACUGACUGGGUGGCUCUGCUAAACAUUUCAACUUUGGACUUUGGGACCUUCCACUUCUACCCCAACUCAUGGUCGGUUGGCUAUGCUGCCGGCAACAAGUGGGUGACUGACCAUGCUAAGGCAUGCGUUGCAGCGAACAAGCCUUGUUUCUUCGAGGAAUAUGGUACGCCUACCAACCACUGCGAGCUGGAGAGACCAUGGCAGAUUACCUCGGUGGCGACCCCUGGCAUGGCUGGCGAUGCCUUUUGGCAGCUGGGUGACACCAUCAGUACUGGGCAGACGCAUAACGACGGCAACACCAUCUACUAUGGCACUGACGAGUGGACGUGCUUGGUGACCAACCACGUUAACGCCAUCGGCUAG